AUGUCCAACAGCAGCUCCAUCAGCCACUUCCUCCUCCUGCCAUUCACAGGCACACAGCAGCUGCAGCUCCUGCACUUCUGCCUCUUCCUGGCCACCCACCUGGCUGCCCUCCUGGGCAACAGCCUCAUCAUCACCACCAUAGCCUGGCACCACCACCUGCACACCCCCAUGUACUUCUUCCUCCUCAACCUCGCCCUCCUUGACCUGGGCACCAUCUCAACCACUGUGCCCAAAUCAAUGAUGAAUUCCCUGAGGGACACCACAGACAUCUCCUAUGCUGGCUGUGCUGCUCAGGUGUUUUUCUUUCUCUUUUUCAUUUCAGCAGAGUUUUCUCUCCUCACCAUCAUGGCCUACGACCGCUACGUUGCCAUCUGCAGACCCCUGCACUAUGGCACCCUCCUGGGCAGCAGAGCUUGUGCCCACAUGGCAGCAGCUGCCUGGGCCUGUGGGGUUCUCAAUGGUCUGAUGCACACAGCCAAUACAUUUUCCCUGCCCCUCUGCCAGGGCAAUGCUGUGCACCAGUUCUUCUGUGAGAUUCCCCAGAUCCUCAAGCUCUCCUGCUCUAACUCCCUCCUCAGGAAAGUUGGGCUUAUUAUGGUCACUAUCUGUCUAGCCUUUGGCUGUUUUGUGUGCAUUGUGGUGUCCUAUGUGCAGAUCUUCAGGGCAGUGCUGAGGAUGCCCUCUCAGCAGGGACGCCACAAAGCCUUUGCCACCUGCCUCCCUCACCUGGCCGUGGUCUCCCUCUUCAUCAGCACUGGCAUCUUUGCCUACCUGAAGCCCUCUUCCAUUUCCUCUCCUUCCUGGAAUAUGGUUGUGUCUAUUCUGUACUCACUGGUGCCCCCAGCAGUGAACCCUCUCAUCUACAGCCUGAGGAACCAGGAGCUCAGCAAUGCUCUAAGCAAAUUGAUUACUGGAAGCUACCAGCAGCAAUAA